AUGCCUUUCAAAUCGCGUUGGCAGGUGCAUGUCCCGGAUGCGCACCUGGCAACUGUCCUGUUCACAUCGCCCACUCAUCCGUUGUCAAAGACACACCGGUGCUUCUCUGAGGCAGCUCGUCCCGACACGCAUUAUUUCACCACGCAUGAUUUCCGACUAUGGUCUAAGCGUUUUGCGGCAGGGUUGCGUAAGGCUGGUCUCCAGCCCGGUGAUCGUGUUUUACUCUUCUCCGGCAAUGAUCUCUUCUUCCCUGUUGUCUUUAUGGGCAUCAUCAUGGCGGGAGGCAUCUUCUCGGGGGCCAAUCCUACUUACGUCGCAAGGGAACUGGCGUAUCAGCUCCAGGAUAGCGGCGCAACUUACCUCAUUUGCGCUGAAGGGAGUCUCGAUACUGGUGUUGAAGCGGCGCAACUUGCAGGAUUGAGUCGGGACCAGGUGUUUGUUUUUAACAAUGCUAUCUUCGAUGGGCGUGGGGAGGGCAAGAUGGGUUGUCGCUAUUGGGGUGAGCUGGUGGCGUCUGCGGAGGAAGGAAAUCAAUUUGAAUGGGAGGAUCUAUCGACUCCAGAGAAGGCUAGCCGUACCCUCGCCUUGAAUUAUUCCAGCGGCACGACGGGGAGACCCAAGGGCGUGGAAAUCUCUCACAAAAACUAUUGCGCCAACAUGCUCCAGGCUAAUCAAUCGUUUUAUCUGAAUCCGGACUGGAAAGCAAGGAAUGCUAGGUCUCGGUUCCUCUGUUUCCUACCGAUGUAUCAUGCGAUGGCCCAAAAUAUUUUCAUUGCGAACGCAUUGAAGCGUGAGGUUCCUGUGUACAUCAUGCCCAAGUUCGACUUCAUCAAGAUGCUGGAAUAUACGGAGAAAUUCCGCAUCACGGACCUUAUUCUGGUCCCUCCUGUGGUGGUUGCCCUAGCCAAGCAUCCUGCGGUCAGAAGCGGCAAAUAUGAUCUUAGCAGCGUCGAGGGAAUUGCCAGUGGUGCAGCGCCCCUGGGAAGAGAAGUCUGUGAUGAGGUGGAGGCGCUCUGGGAAUCUGGACGUAUCAAUGUGAAACAGGGCUGGGGGAUGACCGAGACUACAUGCGCUAUACUUGGCUGGGACCCCACUGAAACAAGUCACACCGCGUCAGUUGGAGAGCUGAACCCCAAUUGUGAAGCGAUGAUCAUGGCGGACGACGGGGUCACCGAGUUAGGACGUAACCAACGGGGUGAACUCUGGGUCCGAGGUCCGAACAUUAUGAAGGGCUAUUGGCGAAAUCCACAGGCCACAAAGGAAACCAAGACGGAGGACGGAUGGCUGAAGACCGGAGAUAUCGCAUAUGUGGAUGAUCAGGGGAAGUUCUACGUAGUUGACCGAAAGAAGGAACUGAUCAAAGUGAAAGGCAACCAAGUUGCGCCGGCAGAGUUAGAGGCCCUCUUGCUGGAGCAUCCGGCAGUAGCUGACGUUGCGGUCAUUGGAGUGUCGGUGAACGAUGACGAGCGCCCUCGGGCAUAUGUGGUGCUAAAGCCUGGACAGAGCGCCUCCGCACAAGAUCUUAUCGCAUUCAUGGACGGGAAAGUCUCCGCGAUCAAGAGGAUCACUGGCGGGGUAAUCUUCGUUGAAACAAUUCCUAAGAACCCUUCAGGCAAGAUCCUGCGAAAGGUCCUUCGAGACCGCGCUAGAGAAGAGGUGGCCUCAAAACCGAUCAUCACCGCGAAGCUAUAGGUCACACUCUGUAUUUUGCCUCUCACUUCUUCAAUUUUUUUUUCCCCUCGUCUGCGGAGCGACAGGCCCAGGCUAAUGUAAAUCUAAAGCUUCGGUGACCUGAUUGGUGGGGCAGCCGAUUUUAGCAUGCAUUGAAGGGACCUGGUUGUUGGGUCGAACGGGCGAGGCAUAUUGAAAUGACAUACUUGAUAGACGAAUCUGAGUGGAUCAAGGUUCGCGUAGUCCAUUCCUCUUAAAUUUUCCUGCUGUCAAAAGGCCACGAAAGGAGGUCGACGCCACAGUCGAUCACUCUGUUUACCGCCACACUGAACGCAUUUGGCUCUUUUUCCCAGUGCCAAGAGCAGAUCUAAGAUAUUAGUGCGUUAGUAGUGUCUAGUAGUGCAGGAGUGAAAGACUUGACCCAGUGGACACCAGCACAGACGCAAUCUGAUCUAGAGUUCUUACCGAGGAAGGAAAAAUAAGAGAUUCGCGAGAAAGAAAAGUUUCAAAAGGGAGGGGGGGGAGCAUCAUCUUAGCAGAAGCCACACCUCCAGCAAAAGAAGGUAAAGGAUCGACCCGUCAUGCCAUGGCUACCUGAUGCGAGACUUUUGUCAUUACGCUGGCUUUAUGCGAACCAAGAUGGAUCUGCGCGAAAGCAGAUGAUCGAAAGAUGGGCUGAGCUGAGAACGAAUAUGUAAUGUAAGAGAAUAACGAUGGUGGAU